AUGGCCUCAAGACAACUUCUCUCCGCCCUCCUCCUCCUCCUCCUCCACCUAACCCUAAACUCUCCACCUGCCACGGUGGCUCAGUGCCCCUACCCAUGCUACCCACCACCAACCGGUACUGGCGGCAACACCAACACCCCGCCGGUUCCUCAAACAGGGAAUUACCCUCCUCCAGCAGCUAUUUACACGCCACCCUCGACUGUUUACCCUUAUAACCCUCCAACUCCUACCUUUUACGGUGGCGCACCACCACCUCCAGACCCUAUAGUUCCAUGGUUCCCUUAUUACUACAAGGAUCCGCCUCGUAACCCUAAUAAAUCAUCGUCGGCGGAUCUGCCAAGAGGGUCAACGGUUGUGAUUUUUAUGAUCCAUAUUCUAGUGUUUCGGUUGUUUUUAUUGUGA